AUGGUGCUGUGGGAGUCCCCGCGGCAGUGCAGCAGCUGGACACUUUGUGAGGGCUUUUGCUGGCUGCUGCUACUGCCGGUGAUGCUGCUUAUCGUAGCCCGGCCGGUGAAGCUCGCAGCUUUCCCUACCUCCUUAAGUGACUGCCAAACGCCCACCGGCUGGAACUGCUCUGGUUAUGAUGACAGAGAAAAUGAUCUCUUCCUCUGUGACACUAACACCUGUAAAUUUGAUGGUGAAUGUUUAAGAAUUGGAGACACUGUGACAUGCGUCUGUCAGUUCAAGUGCAACAGUGACUAUGUGCCUGUGUGUGGUUCCAAUGGGGAGAGCUAUCAGAAUGAGUGUUAUCUGCGGCAGGCUGCGUGCAAACAGCAGAGUGAGAUACUGGUGGUGUCUGAAGGAUCCUGUGCCACAGAUGCAGGAUCAGGAUCCGGAGAUGGAGUCCAUGAAGGCUCAGGAGAAACCAGUCAAAAGGAGACAUCCACCUGUGAUAUUUGCCAGUUUGGUGCAGAAUGUGAUGAAGAUGCUGAGGAUGUCUGGUGUGUGUGCAACAUUGACUGUUCUCAGACCAACUUCAAUCCCCUGUGUGCUUCUGAUGGGAAAUCUUAUGAUAAUGCAUGUCAAAUCAAAGAAGCAUCAUGUCAGAAACAGGAGAAAAUUGAAGUCAUGUCAUUGGGUCGAUGUCAAGAUAACACAACUACAACUACUAAAUCUGAAGAUGGGCAUUAUGCAAGAACAGAUUAUGCAGAGAAUGCUAACAAAUUAGAAGAAAGUGCCAGAGAACACCACAUACCUUGCCCAGAACACUACAAUGGCUUCUGCAUGCACGGGAAGUGUGAACACUCUAUCAAUAUGCAGGAGCCGUCUUGCAGGUGUGAUGCUGGUUAUACUGGACAACACUGUGAAAAAAAGGACUACAGUGUACUGUAUGUUGUUCCUGGCCCAGUCCGAUUUCAGUACGUCUUAAUCGCAGCUGUGAUUGGAACGAUUCAGAUUGCCGUCAUCUGUGUGGUGGUUCUUUGCAUCACAAGGAAAUGCCCCAGAAGCAACAGAAUUCACAGACAGAAGCAAAAUACAGGGCACUACAGUUCAGACAACACAACAAGAGCGUCCACGAGGUUAAUCUAA